GUAAAUGAUCUGGGCUUUUUUAAGCUGCUGUAUAUUUUGUUUGUAGUGCGUAGGGGCUCAGGCUCUCAGUAAAGCUGAUUUAUAGAAUAAUUACGCCUUUUAUGACCGCAAAUCCUCUAUUACGCCUUGGAUGAGAGUGUUAGUGCGGCGAUUGCCGGAGAGCCAAGUAUUGCAAGAUGCUAUGGCAAUGUUUUUUGCGCCCAAUGCGCACAUCCUUGAUAUGUUGCAUCUUGUUGUUUGCAAGUGUGAAUUAUUGCAACAUACCCAAUAAAAUAACAGCUUGAAAAGGCCCUGCUUGUAACAGUAAUGUCUCACCUACUGCUUUCUAGCUGUAAACUUACAUUUCCAGCCUCCCAACAACAGUCAAAGGCUUUGUGGGAUAGGAGAGGUAUAGUACAACAACAGCAUGAGGGCUGUAGGUCGGAUAUUGCCUACUGGCCUAAAAGGGUUGGAAAUGGGAAACUCCGGGUAGCAGUGAUUUUGUUGUGUAGCAGUGAGCUGCUAGGUGUCUCUCUGUUUCAGGUAUCCCUGUAAGUGACAAUGAGCUGGGACACACAGUUGAAUUCCAUUCUGACUGCAACUGAAAGCAACAUGGCCAAAAUAAAGGAGAGGCUGUACAGCAGAGGGGAACUGUCAAAAGAUAUACACUUUGAUUUGCCACGUGUCAAGACAUCGCUGUUUGAAGAAGAAUCCUCUAAACUUCCUGUACCAUAUCUCUCUCAUACAACUAACGUCAACCAUCUAACCCCUUCUGAGGACCUGGCCAAUCUAAGCAGCAAAUUGUUAUCCCAGGACAAGAUGAUUGCUUCCCUUCAUCAGGCACUAGGCAGGCUGGAGCGAGACCGGGAUCAGCAGCAACAGCGAAUACACAGCCUGGAGGAUGAACUGCACCACCUGCAAGGAGCUCAAGUUGGUCUGACCGAGUCUGUACUUGAGCGGAAGGUAGAUGGACUUCGGCAAGAAUUAUUUAGCGAAUUAAGGUGCAUUAAGGAGAGACUAAGGGACUACUCAGCACGGGAACCUUACCAUGGGCAGCAUUCUUCAUCCAGCAUUAUACAGGAAAUGACAGAAAACAAAAGAAUUCUUUGGAAAGAAUGUGAAAGCCUGAGGAGAGAUAUUGACUUCCUGCACCAAAGAUUCCGCCGGCAGGAGGAUGACAUGCUGAGGCAGGUGUCAGAAGGACAAGAGGUGAAACGGAUGCACGAGAGAAAUGCAAAGAUGCUGGAGGGUAUAGUGAGCAAUCACCAAACAAACUCUGUGGAACUGAACAGAACAAGGUCUGAUACACAGGAAUUGCAAAGAUGCCUUCUACAGAUCAGAGGUGAAAUUAGAGAACUAAAGGAUAACCUGAGAAUUUUGGAGCAGAAGAUAAAUGAUGAAUAUUCAGUUCAGAGAGCUCGAAGUGAGAAAUCCAAAUCAUCUGUACGAAAAAAGAAAAGCACCAGGAUGCCGUCUUUAUCGUCUGCAGAUGACACUGCCUCCCAGCUUAGUCUGGGUGAUAUCAGCUCUGAGGAGACGUCAUACAGCCUGGACCUCCCUGUUUCUGCUCGCGGUUCAAGUUCUAGCAAUAAACACAGUAGCCGAGAGAAGACGAGAAGCAUUCUGAUUGAGGAUGACUUUAGUGAUGAUCUGGAUGGACUUUCUGACAGCCCCCCAGAACUAAAUUUCAGUGAUCUUUGAUUAUGAUGAUUGCCAACACGAAGCCACGUACUUACCUCAGCUGAUUCCCAAAGGCAAGGAAACCGUGAUCUGUGCCGCAAUUUUUUUUACAUGUACAAAUGGACUAGCCCUGUGAGACCAAAUGGGGUAGGGUCUUUUUUCCACAAGGUUUUUACACCAUGCUGUAUAUUUAUAAUCAUAUGUAAUUUAAGUGGAAAUCGUCCCAUUAUAUAAAAACAUAUUUUAGUGAUGUAUAGUUUCAGGAAUAUGCUUUUUGCAAAUAGUACUGCAGCUGAAAAAAUGUGUGUAUGUAUAUAUAAUAUAGUUUUUAUUUUUUAUUUUUUUUUAUUAGAGGUGAUAACAACCUUGUAACCAUUUUUGUGUUUUUAAGAUAUAAACUUUACAGCAUAUAAAAGGAGUCAUGUUA